AUGGGAUGGGACAAUCCGAAAAGCUUUGGAAAUUCAAAAUCUACAGCGAUAACACAUUUUGAAUCGAAAUACAAGAUUCCGAUUGAAAGAAUGAAUCAACAGAACAACCAACAGAAUAACCAACAAAAUAACCAACAGAAUAACCAACAGAAUCAACAAAAUCCACAGCAACCUUCAGCUGUUUAUUUGAACAUGACGCAAAGCAUCAUUAUUGGAACUGUUGGAACUGAUAUCUUUAAUAGUCAGUCUCCUACAUCGAAUGUAAAUGAUAAUAAUGCUUUAGGUGUGCUGAUGGACGCAUAUCAUUGA